UUUAUUUAUUUUGUAAUAAUUUGGCGGGUAUCAUGUAUUUAUCUAUACAUACAUAUAUGAGUAAUAACGCUGCAUAACACGAGAACAAACAGAGUGAAUCAAAUCAUCAAUGGAAGAUAAUCGUCAGCAGAGGCUUCUAGAGCGAGAACUGUAUCAAAUCGAGCAAAUUAGACAGCUAGAUUCAGAGGAAUUGGAGAUCGAAGAGGUUGAAAACGGCCACCAAUCGUCCGAUGACGACCAAAUCGACGAGCGUGCAUUUGCCGGAACUUCCGCAUCUGGCGGUUAUACCUUCAACACCUCUUUAGCUUCCAUGCAUUCUUAUCUUGGUGAGGUCGAAGAUACUCAUAAUAGGCUAGCUUUCUUGGAUGGUGGUGUCAUAUUGCAUGUACCUUUAUUUUAUCUUGAAGGCGUAGUUUUGUUUCCCGAAGCAACUCUUCCGCUGCGAGUAAUUCAACCGAAUUUUAUAGCUGCUGUGGACCGGGCAUUGAGACAAGUUGAAGCUCCGUACACCAUAGGGGUGGUUCGUGUUUUUAGAGAUGGUGACAAUGGGAGAAUAAAAUUUGCAACAACGGGAACAACAGCUGAGAUUCGGCAAUAUCGGCGAUUGGAGGAUGGUUCAAUAAACGUAGUUACCCGUGGCCAACAACGAUUCCGUUUAAAACGUCGUUGGAUUGAACUUGAAGGAGCACCAUGCGGUGAGAUCCAAAUCAUCGAAGAAGAUUUACCAUUAAGGACACCACGAGACGCAUUUGGAAAACUAACACCAUUAAGAAACUUAUCUACAGCCAAUGUUUCUCAUUCGAAACUGCUAGACCAUGAUUCAGACGAUAGUUUCGAGAGUGAAUUGUCACUAACCGAAAGAAGGUUGCAUGCGUCCGCAAUUAAAUCGUCUUCGCAUCGUAAUUUUUUUAGUGAGUCAACAAGUAGUGAUGAUGAGAGUCCUGUGUGUGAACCCCAGCCUCUGUUACAUUCUAGAAAUAACGAAAGUAUUGAAGACAUGUCUGCGAAGAAGUAUGUGUCUGAGAGGCCUCGCAGAAGGGCUCAACGGGAAUUUCGCUCGGUACCUGGUCCAAGGGAGUGCCCAAGAGCGUUUUGGCCUUAUUGGGUUUACCGGAUGCAUGACUCUUAUUGUCUUGCUCAAAGGUUAUCAGACAUGUGGAAAAAAAUAGUCGGGACACCUAGCAUGGAUGCCCUUGUGAGACAACCGGGUUUGCUUUCAUUUCAUGUUGCAAGUAAGAUUCCCGUGUCUGAAUCAACAAGACAGGAGCUUUUGGAGAUUGACGGGAUUUCUUAUCGGCUGCGCCGUGAAAUAGAGUUGCUUGAGAAUUUUGACCAAAUCAAAUGUAGAAGUUGUCAGACGCUGAUUGCAAACCGUAGCGAUAUGUUGGUGAUGUCGACUGAUGGGCCUCUUGGUGCUUAUGUGAACCCGAGUGGCUAUGUGCAUGAAAUAAUGACUCUUCUUAAAGCUAGUGGAUUAGCACUUAUCGGGGUACCCACAGAAGAGUAUAGCUGGUUUCCUGGAUAUGCAUGGACGGUAGCGUAUUGUGCAACCUGUGAAUAUCAAAUGGGGUGGCUUUUCACUGCUACGAACAAGAAACUAAAACCGCGUUCUUUUUGGGGCAUCAGGAGUUCUCAAGUGGCAGAUGACACGCACUGAAACGAUAACUUGGAACCCGACAACUUCAGGAGCAAGGGAACCAAAAGUAUUAAAGGCAAGGGAAGUGAACAAAUGUUGAUCUUCAACACAAGCUUUUUCAUUGCUCAGAAACUUUCUUUGAUUCUGCCUUCAACACAAUCUUGCCAGCCGAAACAGUUUUCCUUUAGCCUAACCCAACAAGGGGGACAUUCUGUAACCCUCCUACUAAAUAUUAUUUAGUUUAAUAUCUUAUGGAUAAUUAUUAUUUAGUUUAAUAUCUUAUAAUUAAUUA